CCGCGAUAAAGCGCACGAGACUCGACUGCCAACUUGGUCGGCAAUCGAGCAGCGCAGCGGAGCGGGAGCGCGAGGGUAGCCAAGCCAAGCCAAGCUCAAGACAGCAAGAAGAAGAAGAAGAAGGACAAGAAAGGAAGAGCAGAAGAGAUUAAGAAGAAGAAGAAGAAGAGGAGGGAGAGGGAGAAGCCAAGCGAGGGAGUGGCAGUGGAGCUUGCCUGCUAAUGUAGUGGCCCGUACGAGGAUACGAGUCCAGAAUACGAGGAUUUAUCGACCGAAUCGACCGAACUGAGUCAGCGAGGUGAACAAUUGUCGUGUGGGAGAGCUGUGAGCGCGGGAGACCUCCUUUGGCGCGAUGGGGCGAUCGAGGGGGCCUCUUGCUGCCGCGACUGACGAUGACGGUGGAUGGUUCGGCCAUCGAUCGAAGCGAAGGCGUCUUGCAGGCGGAGAAAUCAUUGAUCCUGCAUCACUGGGUGACGGGAAAAGGCCGCCUUUAUAUCACUGUAAUAAUUGUCACAAAGACAUAUCAGGAUCAAUUCGCAUUAGAUGUGCCAAGUGCACUGAUUUUGACCUUUGCCUUGAAUGUCUUUCUGUGGGGGUGGAGCCUCAUCCUCACAAAGGCAACCAUCCUUAUCAAGUCAUUGAGAACUUAGCCUUUCCAUUGAUCCAUCUCGACUGGAAUGCGGAGGAAGAACUACUGCUACUUGAGGGUGUCGAGAGCUACGGGGUAGGAAACUGGGCAGAAGUUGCAGAGCACGUUGGGACCAAAAACAAGACGCUCUGCUACAAUCACUACAUGACUCAUUACAUGGAGUCUCCCUUUUCUCCUGUCCCGGAUAUGACGCACGUCGUGGGUAAAACCAAAGCUGAACUGCUGAGCAUGGCUAAAUUGCAGUUGGAGAACAAGAAACAUGCACCAAGUCUUGUAGACCCCAUACGAACAAUCAAGCAGGAGCCGACAAGCUCUCCCGCCAGGAUCAAGAUUGAGGAUGUAAAGGAGAUGACCGAGGGAAGGUCACCAUCAGGCCUUUCACUACUAGGAAGCAAAGAUGGCAAGCUCGAAGGCGAUCAAGUGGAAGGAAAUUCAGGUGCCCCCAUGUCUACCGCCAAAAAGACUGCUGCAGGUGGUCAAGUAAGGGAAAAUCUUGACGUGGGCCUCACAGUAACUACGGAUGAUGGUCAUAGUAAUCGAAGCAUUGGUGGCAAGAAGCCAAAGCUCUUAGCCGAGGACAACAAAGCAAGUGCCACCAAUCCAGAAUCAUCAGGCUACGUCGCCAAGAGACAUGAAUUUGACCCAGAAUAUGAUAAUGAUGCUGAUCUCCUUCUAGCAGACAUGGAAUUUAAAGAUAAUGAUUCAGAGACAGAUCAUGACCUAAAGGUCCGAAUAUUGCGCAUUUAUUUAGCCAGGCUUGCAGAAAGGAGGCGACGAAAAGAUUUUAUUAUAGAGAGAGGGCUCAUAAAUUUGAAAAAACAAGCAGCGUUUGAUAGGAGAAGGACGAAAGACGAAAAAGAGCUUUACUUACGCACUCGUGUAUUUCUCCGGUAUCAUACCAAUGAAGAGCAUGACGAACUCCUCGCAGGGCUGUGUGCCGAGCGCAAGAUCCGACAAAGAAUUGAAGAAUUACAGGAAAUGAGAGCUGCUGGAUGUCGCAUACUCGCAGAAGGAGAAACUUAUAUUGUAGAGAAAAAGAAAAAGGAGUUGGAAGGUAGUGUCAAGAAAGCCAAAGACAACACUCCUUUCCUCCAGGGCGGCAAACUUACCCAUCGAUCUAAUCGCUAUAUGAAGAGGGAAACAGGAGACGGUGAGCCCAGUCCGUCUGGUGAGUUAAGAAGUAACCAGAAACCUCGGAGUGGCGGCCAUCAAAGCAUCAGCGGGGGCAACGGUCUAAAUACUGCAAGUAGUAAGGAUACGAAGAAAUCAGGCGGUGUCUCCGAUCUAGCUGGAUAUCCUGGCAUGGAAAGUUUAUCCUUCACCGAGCGGGAGUUAUGCCAACAGUGGAGGCUUUUGCCAAAUCAUUAUUUAAAGAUGAAGGAAGUUCUUUUGGGAGAAAGUGCCCGGAAGGGCCAUGUAAAUAGAUCCGACGCAUAUGCGCUCUUUAAGAUCGAACCCAUCAAAACUGAAAGAGUAUACGAGCUACUCGUAAGCAUGGGGUGGAUACAGGGUGACAGUCAACCCGCGGGGGACAGAUUCUACUCUUGAUGCUGCAGAGAAAAUGUGGUCCAUAUUUAUGUAAUUAUAGAGAAACACACCAUUGUAAUAGAUCAAAUGUACAAUUUUGUCAACUCCAUUUAUCGGCCAAAGUGCCAUUGAAGUACACUUUCUCGCUACAAAUGUUUAACAAUUGUUAACUUUAAUUUCUUCAUUUCUGCAUUUACGUAUAUUGCUUUUACGUAAAUAUCAGGAGAAUUCGUGAUCUAACAUACAUUGUAUUUCCAAAUAAUCUACAAUUCUUAUAGCUAAUGUACUCCCCAAAGUUUCUUCUAGCCAUGUCAAUUUUUACCAAAUUAUCUCCACUCUGACUAAACGUUAGGUGGCGGCCAUAUUUUGGCAAAAUGCUCCUCGAUGCGUUUCGUUUGAGCAAUACUACUCUCUACACCGCUUGCCACCAAUUCUUCAGCCAUGGGUCCCAUAGCGGACUGUCCGAACUCUGCGAACUUGACCUUGUCCCAACUUUUGGUC